AUGUGGUGUGUUGAUAAGGAGCCAGAAGAUGAAGAUCUCCAUUUUUUGGAGCCUCUUUUGAAAAAUAAUUCCAAUCAACAUAAUGAUGACGAUGGACAAGAAUCAAGUGUCAGUGGAAAGAGUGUAACACCGUAUGCAAAUGCCAAUCUUUUUAGUAUUUUAACUUUUUCAUGGAUAGGACCUUUGCUUGCACUUGGGUAUAGAAAAACGCAGGAUCUUGAAGAUGUUCCACAUCUUGGUAAUUGUGAUAGUGCCAAUGUGGUCUUUGCUCGCUUUAGAAGCAAUCUUGAACCUAGUGAUAAUAAUGGUAAUAGUGAUCAAGUAAGCACACUUAAGUUGGUGAAGGCAUUGAUUCUCUCAACAAGGAAAGAAAUUCUAUGGAUGGGUAUAUUCUAUAUUUUAUGCACACUGGCUUCUAAUGUUGGACCAUAUCUUAUUGAUGCUUUUGUUCAGAUAGCCACAUUCCUCUGUCUAAAUGAUCUUCAUCCGAAUAUAGUACAAAAGCUUCCAAGAGACGGUGCCAAGGUUGUAGUUGAGAUAGAAAAUGGAAAUUUCUCUUGGGACCUUCAUUCCUCUAACCUCACGUUAAAAGAUCUUAAUUUUCAAGUGUACCAUGGUAUGAAAGUAGCUGUUUGUGGUUCUGUUGGGUCAGGCAAGUCAAGCCUACUUUCAUGCAUAUUGGGGGAAGUGCCGAAGGUAUCUGGAGCCUUUAGGUUGAAUGGAACGAAGGCCUAUGUUGCACAAUCACCUUGGAUACAAAGUGGUAAAAUAAUAGACAAUAUAUUGUUUGGUAAGGAGAUGGACAAGGAAAGUGUUGUGGAUGCUCAUACAGGAAAUCAUCUAUUUAAGGAAUGUUUGCUGAAAAUUUUGGGUUCAAAAACAGUAAUUUAUGUUACCUAUCAAGUAGAGUUUUUACCUUCUGUUGUUCUUAUCUUGGUUAUGAGAGAUGGAAGGAUUACUCAAGCAGGAAAGUAUGAAGAAAUUCUUAGUUCAGGAACUAACUUUAUGGAAUUAGUGGGUAUACAUACGAAAGCUUUGGCAAACCUUAAUUUGGUCAAACAUGGGGCUUCUUUGCCUAAUUCUGUUAAUGGUGAGAAAGAGGAAAAUAUGUUAUCCCUACUCAUUGUAACUGUUGGAUACAAGACCGCCACUCUUCUCUUCAACAAAAUGCAUUUAUGCAUUUUUCGUGCUCCCAUGUCAUUUUUUGAUUCUACUCCUAUCGGAAGGAUUCUAAAUCAGGCAUCCUUAGAUCAAAGUGCAGUUGAUACGUCUAUUCCACAUCAAACCGAAGAACUUCUUAUCUCAAUCAUAGAAUUCUUGGGAACAGCUGCAGUAAUGUCACAGGUUGCUUGGAAAAUGUUAAUAGUUUUUAUUCCGAUGACUUUGACAUGCAUUUGGUACCAGGUCUGGUAUGCCCCACACCUUCCUCUUGUCUUGCGAGGUCUCACAUGCACUUUCUCUGGAGGGAUGAAGAUUGGCAUUGUUGGACGAACAAGAAGUGGCAAAUCAACUUUUGUACAUGCUCUCUUCCGUAUGCUUGAACCUACAGUUGGUCAAAUUUGGGUAGAUGCUUUAGACAAAUGCCACCUUGGUGAUGAAAUUAGAAAGAAGGAAGGGAAGUUUGAUUCUACAGUGACUGAAAAUGGAGAGAAUUGGAGCAUGGGCCAAAGGCAGCUAGUUUAUUUAGGGCGAGUAUUACUCAAGAGGAGCAAAGUGUUAGUACUCGAUGAAGCUACUGCAUCAAUGGAUACUAUGACUAACUACCUAAUUCAGAAAACGCUUAGUCAACACUUCUCAGGGUCUACUGUCAUCACAAUUGCACAUAGGAUAACAUCAAUUCUUGAUGUUGAUAUGGUCUUCCUUCUUGAUAAUGGGCUUAUACUGGAAUAUGAUUCCCCAACCAAAUUGCUAGAGAUCAAAUCUUCAUCAUUUGCAAAACUUGUUAAGGAGUAUACUGGAAGAUGUAGUUACUAGUCUUUAACAAGCUAAAUGAGUUUUGAAUGUUCAAAGUAAACAGGUUGCAUUAGACUAAGGUGCAUUACUAUCCUGAUUAAGACAAAAAUUUAUUAGGAGAUCGAGGCUACAUGUAAGCAUUUGAAUUGGCAUUGUCAUUCAGUUGAAGUAUUGGAAUAGUAAAGAAG